UUGAAGUCAGCACCAGCCCUUGUCUUCUCUCAUCAGUUCAUUCUUUCCGUCUCCCAAAGCUACGCCGCUGGUUAAAACUUGAAUGCCUUUCAAUUCUUUUCGGUUUCAGUUGGUGUGCAAGAAGCCCCCUCCUCAAGCAGCACAGGAUGGUGGGAACCAAGAGCCAUGGUCCUGUCCCGACCCAAGAGGCACCAACGGCUUUGGCUCACCGGGUCACGGGGUCCAUCCGGGUGACUCUUCAAGACAGAAUCCCAUGGGUGAAGUGGAAGAGCUGAAGCGGCGCCUGGCGCAGACGGAAGCCUUGUUAAAGCAGCUGCUCAUUCGACAGUCGGGUGGGGCCCAGUCGGCGAGCACCAACACCAACAUGAGCCAUUCCAUCAACCUGCUUGUCCGUGAGCUCUCCAAGGGAGCUCCGCAGACACCUUCGCGGGAGAGGCACGAAGGCUUGCGGCGGCGGCGGCCCACACACCAAGCAUCAGAGGAUGAACCCGCUUGCCCCUGUGGCGCACCCUGAGCAGCGAGUCUUGCCAGGGCAGCUCGCAACCGGACUCCUGCUCAGAAGGAACAGCCGAGAGCGGGGACGAGGCAUCACUACCCCCGGAGAGGGCGACCGUUGCCUACUGAGUGCCCCGAGGCACAGAAAGGCCUGCUCACAACUUGAUAUGAAGCGAGGAAAAAUCCAGUGCCAGCGAGGCCAGACCAAGCAGCUACAACCACUUUCUAAACAGAAAAGAGACACUGACCGGUCCAAACAAAAUGCUUAUGACGCUUCAGCUUUUAGUGCGGAAGCCUUGUUCACAAUAUGAAUGCAUUACCAGAAGCAGAUUGUUUUAUUAAGUGGAGCUUUAGCAGAGCACGCCAUAAUAAGUGACCACAAGAUUGAUUCAAACAACGCGACAAUCGUUGCAGCAGAAAAAAUGACAGCAUCACGGAUACAUCUGGAAUCAAUUAUUGUGCCGACCUCUCCCACACAGUGAAUGGUAAUGAUGGGAGUCUCAAACUAAAUGCUCUUUGAGGCGAUUACUCGAGCCCAUUGGGGUGAUGCAAUCAUUGGAAACAAGGCUUUUGCGCUGGAAGCCAAAUUAUCAUGAACGUUUUCUUUGGAUUAGUUGGUGUCGCUUUUUUGCUCAGAAUGUGCCUUCCCAGCCAGACAGGAUUCCGUCACGAUUUCGACUUCACGCACAUACCAUGGCCUAGUGAGUGUCUCUAACUCAAAUGUUUCAAUCUGUCAUGUGCACGCACACUUACACGCACACUUACAAACACGCACACUUACAAACACACACGGUAAGGCUUAUCAACCGCCCCUUUGCCUAAAAAAAUUUCUGGAUUUGCCCCUGAAGCAUGUGAUUUUGUAGAAUCGGGGUCGUUCAGAACGGUGCUACAAGGCUUCAGAGCCCUUAUUUGCUAGGGUUGCCACCUGUUUAAUUUAGGCCCGCCCGCCCAGUUUUUUAAAUAGCAGGCCAGUUGCUGGUUCGCUCCAGCGGCCAUUGGCCAUUUCUUUAUGUCAUAAUAUCAUAAUUUAUUUACUUUCUCGGGCUUCUAAUAAGCAUCAGUUCAACAACUUCGAUUGUAAGUAUUGAUCGUCAAUCACCAGAACGCUCACCACAUUAAUCAACCUCUUUUUAAGAUCCCUUCAAAUAGAACGAUCAUUGGAAAAGAGCAAAUAUAUAUAAUAUAUGAAUGUCUAAUAUAUUUAAGGCAUAUUCACUGUAUACAUUGUAAAGUUUGUUUGUGAUGCCACUGGCCUGUUAUAUUAAGGCAAAGAAAAAACAGAUUUUAAAGACAAACUUUUAAGGUCAGUGAAUUCAGGGCGAUAAAUGAAGGGUCAUUCUAAUCAGGGGUAUCUUUAUCCCAGCAAUUAUACUGGUUGUCCAGCUCAAGUGAUCAGUGUGCUGUUUUUGUUUGUACAUUAGGAGUUUGCUCAAGGAAAGAAAUGUUGCAUAAAAUGGCACUGCAUGUUUAAUAUUUGACACAGCAUCUAUCGUUCAACAGUAGUUUAAGAUCCUGUUAACCCCUUGCUUCAAAGAGCCAUUUUUUUUAUUGUAACAAGGUGGCAACCCUACCAUCCACACCACUCGGAUUUACACUAAAAAAAUCAGUGAAGGGCGCCAAAAGAGCCCCAAUUCAGACAGGUUUGCAUCAAUUAUGGUCAAGUAGAGCGACAAUGCAGAAAAGAGACCAAAAAGAAUGAAUUGACAGUUAAUUUGUCCAUUUGUUUUGUUCAUCCUGUCCUAUGGCUGUCACUUCAUUUAUUCAUGCAAGCAGUUGAGCCCAUGUUUGGCUGUUUCAGAAAGUGUCCAAGUAUGCUGUGAAAAACUUGUAUCUAGUGGCAGUUUCAUUUUAAAGAACCAGUACGGUGCAAUGAUCACUGCAAAAUUUGAUAUCAAGAAUAUGUGUAUAAGGAACUGUAGAUAACUGCUGCAUGCAAAGUUUUCCUGCGACUGCUUGGAGCCACGAAUGUGAGGUCCAAGCUAUAUUGGCUGUAGUAAAGCAAAUUUUUGUUUGCACAUGGUUGUUUGUCAACAUACUCCAAUUCGCAGAUGGGUUAAAUUUAGGCUAGUGUAAAUAGUGAAUUUUAGAUUCAAAGGGAACUUGAAGAAAAUAGUAAUUUUGGUCAAAUAAUUUUCAAUCAAAUUUGAAUUGUAUAUAUCACUUGUCAUAAAAAAUGGGCACACUUGUCAUGAGCUAACUAACCUGCACAAUAUGUAUUUUUAAAAUUGAAAUGAGGCCCGUGCAAAUGCCAUUUUUUUUGGUUCAGUGGAAGUGGGAACAACUUUGAAUAGCACUAGCAUUUGAUUUUUGGUAGAAUGCAAGUGAUAACCUGCAAAAUACUGUUACGGG